AUGGCGGCUUCUGCAUCGCCAGCUAACGCCCGUACUUCUCGUUUGUCUGCCUUUUUACACUCAGUCAUCAAAGGCAAACGAGCCGUCACCAAGGCUCGUGACGCAACCCUCUUGAUUGAGGCCAUUUGCGAUCAACCAGACCAUACAGCUUGCGUCGAGAAAUUGGUUGCAAGCGAUGCCGCCUCCGAUUCACUCCGUGCAGGUUUACGGUUCGACAUUUCGGAUGCCUUCAUCAACAACGAACUGCAAAAUCUGUUGUCCUACCUCAGCGAUCCGUUGCUCAAGCACCUGUGCAAUGGAGACUUCCUACGCAGACUGCUGGUCCUCGUUGUGGAUCCACCAUCUCUGUGGCAUGCCGUGGUCGAAGCAUUCAAAGGAAACCGCCUGUCUCCCAAGACGGAACAGAGCUUCGCAUGGCUUCUGCUGGAGCUUUUGUCCUGGAAUUCGAAUGCCCCACUUAAUUUGCAAAGUGUCGCACAGCAUGCGGUUGCCAGCGAGCGUUUCACCAAGUCAGACAACGGCGAUCUACGCUCCCUCGGGUAUCGCAUCAAGCAUGUCCUCCACACCAAAUCAGUCGGGUCCACACCGGCUUCAUCCGGGCCCGGCGGACGGCACGACAAUGACUUCACCGACUUCCGCCAGAUCGCUAUCUAUCCCACCGAGCACGAGCUUGUCUCGAAAGAGAGGCCUUUCUACCGUCGGGCAGACGCUGUGGAUGAAGCGCCGCCAGACCAGCGAACGGGAAUUCAUCUCGAUAAUCAAUUCAGGCUUCUCAGAGAGGACAUGCUUGCCGAGCUCCGAGAAGAUCUGAAGAUCUCACAGUCGAAGAAAGGGAGGCGCAAGAAUCUCAGACUACGCGGACUGUCACUUGCCGGGUCUCACUGCGGCGCUGAGAGACGUCGCCAGGCCUUUGCAAUCACCGUCAGAUGCACCUCUGGGCUAGAGCGACUCACAGAGGUUCCACUGAGUAAGCGCAAAAGCUUCCUCAACGAAGACAAAAAAUUCUUGAAGCACCAAUCCUUCGGCUGCCUGAUGAACAAUGAUCAGGUGGUCGCAUUCGCUACUCUGGAAAGAGUCCAGGACAAUCUUCUCCGGGAUCCCCCAAUCGUCACUUUGCGCAUUCCUGAUACCAGAGCUCUAGAAAGGGCGCUGCUCACUCUGAAGGUGUCCAACAAAGUGGAUUUUGUACUUAUAAACACAGCGAUGUUUGCGUACGAGCCUAUUCUGGAGUGUUUACAGGCCAAAGUGGAGCUGCCUCUUGCCGAAGAACUUCUUUCUUUGAGUGAAGAGGCUGGGACGCGAUGCCGUUCUUCACGUAUUUGCCCAGAUGAUGUUGCUGAUCGUAUCGCUGAGGCUGGCGGCCAAGGACUGGAUGAUAUCUUGAGCUUGCCGAAGCCUGUAAAUCUCGACGAGUCGCAGACGAAAUCUCUGCUCUCGGGGUUGAGGCAGACCGUCAGUCUAAUUCAGGGCCCACCCGGUACCGGAAAGUCCUUCAUUGGUGCCCUGCUCGCAAAGGCUCUCCACGAUCACACUUCUCAAAAGAUCUUGGUUAUAUGUUACACGAAUCAUGCCCUCGAUCAGUUCUUGGAAGAUCUCCUUGAUAUCAGCAUACCAGACAGCAGCAUGGUACGCUUAGGAGCGCAGUCCCGACCGAGGACAGAACACCUUAGCUUGUUCGAGCAAUCAAGCAAUUACCGACGAACCCAAGCCACCUGGGAUGUCAUCCACAAAUUGAACGAUGAAGUUUCCAGUUCGGAAACAAACCUGAAAGCGCUUGUCGCUUCGUACGUCAACUUUCAGCUCAGGAAGACCGAGAUCAUGGAGUACUUGGAAUUCUCCGACGACUAUUCAAGCUUUUUCGAUGCUUUCCAGCUUCCUGAACAAGCUGAUGGGUUCGCAAUUGCAGGAAAAGAUGGGUCUGCUGUGGAUGAAACAUACCUUUAUGACAGGUGGCGUAAGGGAGAAGACCCAGGGGUCUUCAAAAACCGCAUUGCUUCAACCCAUUCAGAAGUAUGGGAGCUUAGCCCUGAUCAAAGAAAAGCAUUGAACGAGCAGUGGACACAACACCUUCUUGAGGAGAGAGUGGCAAGCAUUUCAAGCUUAGUGGAAGCUUUUGAUGCUUCCCAGAAACAACUUCAGACCACACUUGAUCAGCAAAAGCUUGAGAUACUUCGGAACAAGCGUAUCAUCGCAUGUACCACAACAGCCGCCGCCAAGUACACCCAGCAGUUACGAAAUGCCUCUCCGGACAUCAUUCUGGUGGAAGAGGCUGGAGAAAUCCUUGAGAGCCACGUCCUUACAGCAAUGACACCCGAAACGAAGCAAUUGAUCCUCAUCGGCGAUCACCAGCAGCUCCGGCCAAAGGUCAACAAUUACGAUCUCACUGUAGAGAAAGGCAACGGAUAUGAUCUGAACCGCUCUCUAUUCGAACGCCUCAUCCUUGCAGGGUUCCCGCAUACCACCUUGGCUCAGCAGCACCGCAUGUGCCCGGAAAUUUCUGCCCUUGUACGUCAUCUCACGUAUCCGAAGUUGCUGGACGCGCCAUCAACACAAAACAAACCAUCACUUCGAGGCAUGCAAGACCGGGUGGUCUUCUUCAACCAUCAUCAUCCCGAAUUCUCGGAGGAUGCCAUCGCGGACCGGCGUGACCAAGGCUCUGGUGUCAGCAAAAAGAAUCACUUUGAGGCAGAGAUGGUCCUCCAGAUUGUCCGGUACAUGGCGCAACAGGGUUAUGGCACAUCAGAUCAAGUAGUCUUGACGCCGUAUCUUGGCCAGCUAAGUCUGCUACGGCGACGGUUGAGCGAGGAGAAUGAUCCGGUCUUGAACGACCUAGAUUCGUUUGAUCUCGUGAAGGCAGGGCUCUUGUCUCCGGCUACCGCGAAACAGAACAAACGCCAAAUCAAAAUCUCCACGAUCGACAACUACCAGGGCGAGGAAAGCGAUAUCGUCAUUGUAUCGCUUACUCGAGGCAAUGCUGCUGGCGACAUCGGUUUUAUGUCAUCUCCGGAGAGACUCAACGUCUUGCUUUCCCGAGCACGCAUCGGUCUCAUCAUCAUUGGAAACUCGCAGACAUUCCAACAGAGCAGAAAAGGCAAAGCCACGUGGGGUCCCUUCAUGGACUACUUGAGUAAGAAGGGACACAUCUACGAGGGACUUCCCGUCAAGUGCCAGCAGCAUCCGGGCAAGAAGAUGAUCCUGAAGCAGAAGACUGACUUUGAUGAACAUUGCCCUGAUGGUGGAUGUUCAGCUCCUUGUGGGGCCACACUCAACUGCGGGCUCCAUGCUUGCCCUUCGAGAUGCCAUCAACUCUCAGAUCAUUCCAAAAUCCGAUGCGACGUUAUAAUGAGCGACACGUGCGCGCAGAAGCACAAACGGACCUGGCGGUGUGCCUCCGGCCGUCCGUCCUUCUGCCGAGCUUGCGAUGACGAGGCGCGAGAACAGGCGAAGAAGGUCCAAAGAGACCUCGAUCUCGAGGAAAGUCGGCAGGCUAAGCAGAGGGCUUACGCACGGGAGCUCGCUGAGAUAGACGAUGAGCUUGAUCAUGAGCGCAGGCUACGUCGAGACAUGGCCGAUCAGCAAGAGCGGGAAAGGGUUCUCCGCCAGCGCCGGAGAGAUCUUGCUGAGCUCAAGCAAGCGGGCAUCUCUGGAGUCGCAAGCGUGAAUAAUGCUUCAACGCCCCAAACCGCAAGCCAACCAAAGCCAUCGAAUUCUUCUCCUACACCGACGUCAGUGCCUUCUUCCACAUCACUACCAAAUCGUCCUGCACCCCGGAGAGACAGCCACCAGCAGAAAGGAAAGGGGCCUUGGAAAUUGCCUGAGUCUUCUGCAGCACAGGACUGGAAGGACCAAAAGCAGUUUGAGGGUGCAUCUAAUUCCGCUCUGGAUGACUUGAUGGGCAUGAUUGGCCUGGAAAAUGUCAAAGAGCAGUUCCUCUCCAUCAAAGGAAAGAUCGAUGUUGCCGUCCGUCAGGGCCUCGACAUGAAGAACGAGCGCUUCGGUGCCGCAUUGCUGGGUAACCCGGGUACAGGAAAAACAACGGUAGCCCGCCUGUAUGCAAAAUUUCUCUCCUCGGUGGGAGCUUUGCCAGGAAACUUCUUCGUCGAAACGACAGGCUCACGACUUGCAAAUGACGGAGUGUCCGGCUGCAAGAAGCACAUCGAGGAGAUUAUGAACAACGGCGGCGGCGCCAUGUUCAUCGACGAAGCGUACCAGCUCGUUUCGGGAACCAGCGCAGGCGGGUCGCAAGUUCUCGACUUCCUUCUGGCCGAGGUGGAAAAUCGCACCGGCAAGAUAGUCUUCAUCCUGGCCGGCUACAACAAACAGAUGGAGGCCUUCUUCGCGCACAAUCCCGGAAUCCCUAGCCGCUUCCCCCGCGAAAUGCAGUUCAAGGACUACGAAGACGAGGAGCUGCUGGAGAUCCUGAAAUAUGGUCUUGUCAAGAGGUACGGCGGCCGCAUGAAAGUCGAGCUCGGCGUCGAUGGGCUUUACGCCCGCAUCGUCGCGCGCCGUAUCGGCCGUGGCCGCGGCCGCGACGGGUUCGGCAACGCGCGAGCUGUUGAGAACGCCCUGGCUGGGAUAACGGAUCGCCAGGCGAAGCGGCUUCGGCGCGAACGAAAGUCAGGCAUCGCGGCCGAUGACUUGCUGCUGACCCAGGAAGACCUGUUAGGCCCGGAGCCGGCUGAUGUGCUCAAGGAUAACGCGUCGUGGAACAAGCUUCAGCAACUGAUCGGUCUGUCGUCCGUCAAAGACUCGGUCAAGGCCCUUUUCGACAGCAUUCAAUACAACUAUUCGCGCGAGCUGGACGAGGAGCCGCUGGUUGAUUUUACGCUGAACAAGGUGUUCCUUGGCAAUCCCGGAACGGGCAAGACUACCGUCGCGAAGCUCUACGGGCAAAUACUUGCCGACAUUGGUCUUCUUUCAAGCGGUGAAGUGGUGGUCAAAACGCCCGCAGACUUCGUCGGAAGCGUCAUCGGAGCAUCCGAAGCAAACACCAAGGGCAUUCUCGCCGCCACAGUCGGCAAGGUCCUGGUCAUCGACGAAGCAUACGGCCUAUACGGAGGCAACACUGGCGGUGCUGCCGACCCGUACAAAACCGCAGUCAUCGACACCAUCGUCGCUGAAGUCCAGAGCGUGCCGGGAGACGACCGGUGCGUGCUACUGCUUGGCUACAAGGAGCAAAUGGAAGAGAUGUUCCAGAACGUCAACCCAGGCCUGACGCGGCGGUUCCCUCUCGACUCGGCCUUUACGUUCGAGGACUUCUCAGACGCCGAGCUGGCCGCCAUAUUCGAACUGAAGCUGAAGCAGCAAGGCUUCUCCGCCACGGAUCAAGCCAAGAAAGCGGCCUCAGACAUGCUCAGCCGCGCCCGCAACCGGCCACACUUUGGCAACGCAGGCGAGAUCGACAUCAUAUUGAACGCCGCGAAACUCAAGCACCAGCAACGCAUCUCGAAGGGCAAGCAAACGGCGUCGGCAUCAUUCGAACCGCAAGACUUCGACCCGGACUUCGACCGCGGGCAGAAGGCGACAACAAACGUAGCCAAGCUCUUCGAGGGCGUCGUCGGCUGCGACGACAUCGUGAACCAACUCAAAGGCUACCAAACCACAGCAGCCAAUAUGCGCGAGCUAGGACUCGACCCGAAAGAGCAAAUCCCCUUCGCCUUCCUCUUCCGCGGGCCCCCCGGAACGGGCAAGACGUCGACGGCGCGGCGCAUGGGCAAGGUCUACUACGACAUGGGCUUCCUCGCGACCGCCGAGGUGCUCGAGUGCUCCGUCACCGACCUGGUCGGCGAGUACCUCGGGCAGACGGGGCCGAAGACGCAGAAGCUGUUCGAGAAAGCCCUCGGCAAGGUUCUCUUCAUCGACGAGGCGUACCGCCUCGCCGAGGGCCACUUCGCCAAGGAGGCCAUGGACGAGAUCGUCGACUGCAUCACGAAGCCGCGCUUCGCGGGGCGCCUCGUCGUCAUCCUGGCGGGCUACGACGAGGACAUCAACCGCCUCAUGGCCGUCAACCCGGGCCUGACGUCGCGCUUCCCGGAGACCGUGUCGUUCCGCGCGCUGAGGCCAGAGGAGUGUUUGGAUCUGUUCGCGCAGACGCUGCUGGCGAAGAAGAAGAAGGGCGUUGACGCGUCUGGUAUCCUGGAUCCCCCGACGCCCGCGCUGCGCGAGAAGCUCGUAGGUUUGUUUGCUAGGCUUGCGGCGCUGCCCAACUGGGCCAGCGCCCGCGACGUCGGCACGCUCGCGAAAAACGUCUUCGGCCGGGUUAUGCGGACGGGUGGCCCCCUGCCGACUGCGCGCGCCGCGCGUCUGGUGAGCGAGAGCUGCGUCGUCGAGGAGAUGGAGCGCAUGGUGCAGGAGCGCGAGCACAGGGGGCUGCCGCUGCUGCAAGCUGCCGGCCCUGCCACCAUGGGCCCUGUCCCGCAGGCGGCUGGCCGUGAUGCGCCGCGUCAUGCUACCGGCACGGACACGGCGCAAAAGUCAGCUCCUCCUCCGCCGGAAGAAGAUGAGAAGGCGGCUGACGCGCAGCCCUCAAGCGGCACGGAGGCCCGGGACGCUGGAGUCAGCGACGCCGUGUGGGAGCAGCUGCAGCGAGAUAAGGCGAAGGCUGAAGCGGAGGAGCGCGAGCAUCGCCUCUUGGAGGAGCGGGCGGCGGAGCUCGAGAAGGAAAAGAAAGAGCAGGAAGCUCGGGAUAGAGAGCAGGCGGCGAAGGACGAGCCAGAUGGUGGUGACAGUGAUGACGAACGGGAGAAGGCGGAACGCGAGCGCAGGCGGCUGGAGAAGAUUGCGGCGCAGAGGAAGCGUGAUGAGGAACGGGCGAAGAUCGAACGGAAGCGAGAGGAGAGGAGGGUGGAGGCGAAGAAGCAGGAGUGCUUGAGGAGGAUUGGUGUUUGCCCCGUGGGCUACAGGUGGAUUAAGCAGGCAGUAGGCUGGUGGCUCGCGUAG